CUCUGCCUCUGGGCUUUCUUUCUGUUCCAGAGACCCGGUACCACAAUAUUUAAAUCACUGUGGCGUUAAACACGUUUUAAUAUCUGAUAGGGCCAGUUUCUGCGCAUUGCACAUUUUUUUUUUUUUCCUUUCAGGAACGUGUUCGGGCCCGCGGCAGGGGGCGGGGUCGCACCUCCUCCGCGGCUCUGGUUCCAGCAGAGCCUCUCAGACGCGGAGAUGGAAAUCCCGAGGCUGCUCCCGGCUCGCGGGAUGCGACAGGGCGGCGGCGCUGGCAGCCCCGCGGGCGGCGGCCGAAUCCACGGAGGCCCUGACCCGCGGGCUGGCCAGGCCCCCGCGCGCCGCCUCCUGCUGCUCCGGGGCCCCCAAGAUGGCGGGCCCGGGCGGCGGCGCGAGGAGGCCCGCGCGGCCUCACGGGGCCCGGGCUCAGGCCCGAGCCCUUUGGCGCCGAGGCCAGAUCAGGCCGGCGGCGCCGGCGGCGGCGGCGUCGGCGGCGGCGGCGACUUCUUCCUGGUGCUGCUGGACCCGGUGGGUGGCGACGUGGAGACCCCGGGCGCGGGCCAGGCCGCAGGGCCCGUCUGGAGGGAGGAAGCCGAACCCGGCCCAGGGCUCCAGGGGGGCGAGAGCGGCGCGAACCCCGCGGGCCGCCCUGCGCCAGGGCCCCGCUGUCUGUCCGCGCUCCCCGCCCCGGCCCCGUCCCCGAUCCCCGCCCCAGGCCUGGGCCCCGCCGCGGCCUUCGCGGGCACCGUGACCAUCCACAACCAGAACCUGCUGCUGCGCUUCGAGAACGGCGUCCUGACCCUGGCCACGCCCCCGCCGCCAGCCUGGGAGCCCGGGGUCGCGCCUGCCCCGCAGCCCGGCGGUCUGGUCGCCCCGCAAGCUGGGGUCCCACACGCCGCGCAGCCUGGCGACUGCCCGGAGCUGCCGCCGGACCUCCUGCUGGCCGAGCCCGCGGAACCCGCGCCCGCCCCUGCGCCGGAGGAGGAGGCGGAGGGCCCGGCCGCGGCCGAGAGCCCCCGCGGGCCACUGGGCCCGGGCCCGGGCGUGGUGCUGUACCUGUGUCCGGAGGCGCAGUGCGGACAGACCUUCGCCAAGAAGCACCAGCUGAAGGUGCACCUGCUGACGCAUAGCAGCAGCCAGGGCCAGAGGCCCUUCAAGUGCCCCCUGGGCGGCUGCGGCUGGACAUUCACCACCUCCUACAAGCUCAAGAGGCACCUUCAGUCGCACGACAAACUGCGGCCCUUCGGCUGCCCGGCGGAGGGCUGCGGUAAGAGCUUCACCACCGUGUACAACCUCAAGGCGCACAUGAAGGGCCACGAGCAGGAGAACUCGUUCAAGUGUGAGGUGUGCGAAGACAGCUUCCCCACGCAGGCCAAGCUCAGCGCCCACCAGCGCAGCCACUUUGAGCCCGAGAGGCCCUACCAGUGCGCUUUUUCCGGCUGCAAGAAGACGUUCAUCACGGUGAGUGCUCUGUUUUCCCAUAACCGCGCCCACUUCAGGGAGCAGGAACUCUUUUCCUGCUCCUUUCCUGGCUGCAGCAAACAGUACGACAAGGCUUGUCGGCUGAAAAUCCACCUGCGGAGCCACACCGGCGAGAGACCUUUCCUUUGUGACUUUGACGGCUGUGGCUGGAACUUCACCAGCAUGUCCAAACUGUUAAGGCACAAAAGGAAGCACGACGACGACCGGAGGUUCAUGUGCCCUGUGGAAGGCUGUGGGAAAUCUUUCACGAGGGCCGAGCAUCUGAAAGGCCACAGCAUAACCCACCUGGGCACGAAGCCUUUUGUGUGCCCUGUGGAAGGCUGCUGUGCCAGGUUCUCCGCCCGCAGCAGUCUCUACAUUCACUCUAAGAAACACUUGCAGGAUGUAGACACCUGGAAGAGCCGUUGCCCAGUGUCCACCUGUAAUAAACUCUUCACAUCGAAGCACAGCAUGAAGACCCACAUGGCCAAAAGGCACAACCUCGGCCAGGAUCUCUUGGCUCAGCUAGAAGCUGCAAAUUCUCUCACGCCCAGCAGUGAACUGACCAGCCAGGGACAGAGUGAUCUCAGUGAUGCAGAGCUGGUGUCUCUCUUCUCUGAUGUGCCUGGCAGUAGUUCUGCUGCAGUGCUGGACACGGCAUUGGUGAACUCGGGAAUCUUGACUAUCGAUGUGGCUUCUGUGAGCUCCACUCUGGCUGGGAGCCUCCCUGCUAGCAACAGUAAUUCCUUAGGGCAGGCUGUGGACCCGCGGGCCUUGAUGGCCACCACUGACCUCCCUCAAAGCCUGGAUACCUCUCUCUUUUUUGGAACGACAGCCACCGGGUUUCAGCAGAGCCCCUUAGAUAUGGAUGAUGUCACCAGCGUGAGUGCGGGGCCAUUGGGAUCUCUGGGCUCUCUGGCUAUGAAAAACUCCAGUCAGGAGCCCCAGGCUUUGACCCCCAGCAGUAAGCUGACUGUGGACACAGAUGCUCUGACUCCUUCAAGCACCCUUUGUGAAAACAGUGUCUCAGAACUACUGACGCCGACCAAAGCAGAAUGGAACGUACAUCCUGAUGCUGACUUCUUUGGGCAGGAGGAAGAAACCCAGUUUGGAUUCUCCAACCCAGUGGGAAACCAUGGUUGUCAGAAAGAAACAGAUCUGAUCACGGUGACUGGCAGCUCAUUUUUGGUUUGAAAAAGAACAGAGCCCCAGGCUACAAGUUCCGCUGAUCUGGAGUCUGGAACUGACGAGUUGUGUGACCCUGAGCAAGUCACUUAACCUAUCUGAGCCUUAAUGUCCUUAUUUAUAAAAUGAGGUGGUUUGAAUAGAUUGUUUAUGAGGUCCUUAAGCUUUGUAUUUUCAUGAUUCUGUGCUCUUUUUUUGAUAAUUAUAGGACAUUUUAUAUUGAUUAACUAUUGCAUGUGCUUCUAAUGUAAUGAAAGCUGCCUUGAGAGUUCAUUAUCAGAAAUGGUGGAACUGCUGUUUAACUUUAAAAACAAUGGAAAUUUUCCACAAUGCCAAAGCACUUCUAAAACCUAAUGGUAGAGCUUGAAAAUAGGAAGCUGAAAAUAUGGGCUGGUUCUUUUUACCUGUUAAUCUUUAUAGCCUCUUUUUUUGAUGUAAGACUGUGUUGUUGUGGAAUGUGCCAGGGCUUUGAUAUAACUGAGUCCCAGAAAAAAAUGACUUUGUGUGUUGAAUAAGUGGCCUUAAAUAAGUUAUUUAGUGUUACCAAGCCUGCGUUCCCUAGCUGUAAAAUACUCAGUGCAGUGUACGUAUACAUGGUGCAUCUUAGACUUCUUUUUCUAUCCCAGUAGUUAGUGUUGGACGGAAAAUGUUACAUGUUUUGGCAUGUUUUAGUAAAUGUUUAUCAUGUUUCCUGCCCCUCUCAUUCUUCCUCAAAGAGCAUAAAUUGGCAUAAUUCAGUAUCACACUUGUGCAGUCAAUAAAAGUGUAUGAAAGUUAAGGAACAGGGAAAGAAAUCUCUUUUUUUCCCCACAGAUUAAGAAGAAUUUUUCUCCACAUACUUCUUGUAUGACAUUGCACACAUGUUCAUCCAUUAGAGUAAAUUAUAGUGUCUUUGCUGUGUCCUCAAAGGCAGCCCAUAGAAUGACUAUAAAGCCUGCAGUUACAAGAAAAUCUGGGAUUGGAUCAGAGUGAGAUUUUCUCCCCUCUCUCUGGAGAGCUCAUUGUGUGCCUUCUCCAGAGUUGGAAUAAGAAGUUUUGUUUGCAUUUUGAGUAAAUAGUGUUUGUCUUACAUGAAGCAUUUUAUACUUUGUACAGCACUUUCACAAAUGUUAUAUUUGAUUUUCAUGAUGUUGUAAGAUAGUUGUGGCCAAGAUUUUACUAUAACUCAUAUUACAAUCUAUCUAACUUACAGUACAUUACAGAAGAAUUUUGCUUAGUAACAUAUAAAAAUCCCUCCCUAUUCUCUUCUGAGAUUCAUGAUCACUUUUGUUUAUAGCCAUUUGUUCUGUUCCACCUAAAUCUCUGUCUGUUACUUUCUGCCAGCUCUGGUCCCUCUGCAACCUGUUUUCUAACGUGCACACCUGUCCUUGCUGUGAUCUCUUUUUUAAAAUUUUAAUUAGACAGUUUUUUUCCAUAGUCACCAUCUCUCAGCCUUUAUCCUCACGUACCCCCCCCCACCCUUUUCUUUUGUCACAAAAUUUACUGCAAGUCUGUGCACUAAGAAAUUAUUUUCUGGAUUUAGAUGUCAUUAUGUUUAUAUAUGAGUCAAUAAUGAGAUAUUUUAUGUAAGAUUUUAGUGAGAUAUGUACUUUUACUUUUCUAAAUUUUUUACCAUGUAGUUCUGCUAACAAACACUAUUAGUUGCUCUGAAACAUUCUAACCCACUACCGUUUGCAUGCAGAUGUUUGUGGACAACAGUUGUCAUAGCGGUUUGGCCGUGUGCUUGAAACUUUGCCACUUUGAAAUGCAUCUGUACUGUCUUUCUAAUUCGUACAUUGGUUGUACUCAUUUUGUGAAAAAGAAAAAGUAUACAUAAAUUUGUAUUUCAAACAAUCACAGUUUGAUUGUUUCUAAACAUUUAAAGUUCUCCUUCAUCAUUUGGAAAGACUUUUAAGUCCAUUUUGGAAAUGUGUGGUCAUUAAGUCCUCUUAAAUAUAUUCUUUUUCUACAAAUGGGAAUGCAGAGGCCUAAGGUGAACAUGCAGGUCAUAGGCAUGUAUUAAGAUAUAUAGCCAUAAAAUAUUUGAAAAUCCUUUCACUUUGUUUCUUUAACCCCUCAUUCUUAUUUCCUCCCAUUAAACACUAUUGGAAAAUACACUUUUGUUAUAUUCUGUGGAAUUGCCAAAGGACAAAUUUUACUUUUCUCGAAAAUAAUCUUGUAAUUGUUUGUGGGUUCACAUGGUUUCUUUUAUUACAUUUGUUCAAAAGAUCUCUCUUUCAAUAUCAUUUUCCCAGCAUGAUGAUAAAAAAUGACAUGAAAUAUAAUCAGAAGUGUGACUACAAUUGUUACAUUUCUCUUAGUGUUGGCAUAAAUUUUCCCUUUAAAAAAUAAUGGGACAUAAUUUAAUGUUCAUUAUCUCAUUUGCCUAUUGUACCUCUUCAAUCCUUGUUUUAUUAAAAUGUUGCCAAUCGAAAACAUGCUUUGGCAGGAAGGUUUGGGUAAGGGACUCUGUUGGACAUGUUCAUCAUGAGUUAAAAUAUGUUAAUCUUGACAUUUUUCCAUUAUCUCAUUAUAGUAUUACAUAAUUGAUAGCCUUGAUUAGUAGAUGUAAAAUGUGAUGGAAUGUGAAGAUCCUUUUUCUCUGUGGAUUAAAUGGUUUCUAUUCCCAUUCAGGAACAAUAAGAAAAGAUUUUGGUAUAACAAGGUAUUUAUGACUGCUCCUUGAUUCCAGAUAAAAAAUUGAUUAAUUCCCUGUUUGGGAAUAUUCAUAAUCCCUCAAUAAUUAUUGAUAUCAAACAGAUCCACUUGAUGAUUUAGUAAUAAAACCUAAUUUAGAUACAGCUCACUCGAAGUAUAGGAUAAUUGAAAUAUAAGGCUGAGAUAAAAUUUAUGUAUACAUUGCUUUUAAACAAAAAGGUUGCUUAGCAA